ACAUUGACCAAUUAGAAAUCAGACGAAGAAAAUGUCUCGAAUUGCUCAAGAUCGAUUGAAAACAAAAGGUCAAAAGUUUGUUCGAUUUAAUCAAUUUCAGAUGCAGCAAAUCGUGUUCGAUUGAUCAAUCGAAACGAAAACAUUCUUUUCAUCUCAUCCAAGCUAUUGAAGUCACUUUGUAGACCGAAUGCUCGACUCGAGUUUCGCGACAGUGCGUAAAUUAUUCGUGACAGAUACGUGACUCUCCUCUUGCAUGAUAAAAUGGAGCCAAAAAUUGUUAUAAACUUGUCUAUACUCUUAAUUACAAUAUUAUUAGUAUCAUCGACCACACAAACUCAGCAAAAGAAGAAAUCAUGGCGCGAUAAGGAUAUAAGAGACAUGACAGAUGCUGAUCUAGAGCAUUUGCUGGAGCAGUGGGAAGAAAAUGAUGAACCUCUGGAACCGGAUGAAUUACCAGAACAUUUGCAACCUACUCCAAAGAUAGACUUAUCUCAGAUGGAUACUUCAAAUCCAGAUAAUUUACUGAGAAUGACAAAGAAAGGAAAGGGUGUUAUGAUGUUUGUGGAUCUCAAACCAGAUAUUUCAGAACAGCAAGCCGAAAUUGUGAUGCGUAUUUGGCAGACCAGUUUGCAAAACAAUCAUAUAAUUGCAGAGAGAUACCCAAUUGACGUAAAACGGUCAAUUUACAUGUUCCGUGAAGGAUCUCAAGCUGUUGAUGCUAAAAAUUACUUGCUACAACAACCUGAACUAUCUCAUCUCACUCUUGAAGGGCGCACAUAUUAUAGUAAUGCGGAGCAACAGAAAGCAGCCGACGAAUCAAUAAGAAAACAAAGUGCCAAAAUAAGACCGAGCAAAUCUGAAUUAUAAUCUCAAAGCAUUCCCACUUUUCUCAAACAUUUUUUUAAGUUUCAAUGAUAAUAAUAUUUUUUUUGAAAUUAUAUAUUUUCGAUUCUUAUAUAUAAACAAAUUGUUUUUGGAAAAUAUUAAAUAUACAAUGUG